CUCACCACCCUGCGGGGGUCUAUCCUGGAGGAUGCAGUACCCUCCAGCUCUAAGCAUGGCCUGGCGCGGGGCCUGCCCCUCAAAGAGGUGCUAGAUUACCUGGUUCCAGAGCUCAACGCCCACUGUCUCAGACUGGCACUCAACACACCUAAAGUCACAGAGCAGCUGAUGAAACUGGAUGAACAGGGGGUAAGGACGACACAAGUAAGGUUGUAAAAUGAUAGUAACUUCCCUGAAAUUCCCAGGUUUUCCAGAAAUCCUGUUUGGAGGAUUCUGGAUUUACUGCCAGUUCCGUCCUGAUUCAGGGAGGGAGUCUUCCAACUGGGAUCUCUGAGAAAAUAAACUGACAUUUUGAGAAAGUUACCGGAAUUUUGCAACCCAUAAAACAACACUCAGAAAAUAAAAGUCCUUGCAGAGAACUUCUAAUACCACCAAUGUUUUGGCUAGGAAGUCUUCAUAAUAAUAAUAAUAAUAAUAUGCCGUUUAGCAGACGCUUUUAUCCAAAGCGACUUAGUCAUGCGUGCAUACAUUUUUUUGUGUAUGGGUGGUCCCGGGGAUCGAACCCACUACCUUUGGCGUUACAAGCGCCGUGCUCUACCAGCUGAGCUACAGAGGACCGACCAUGAUGUGUAUAUAUAUAUAUAUAUAUAUAUAUAUAUAUACACUACCAGUCAAAAGUUUGGACAGACCUACUCAUUCAAGGGUUUUUCUUUAUUUGUACUAUUUUUUUACAUUGUAGAAUAAUAGUUAAGACAUCAAAACUAUGAAAUAACACAUAUGGAAUCAUGUAGUAACCAAAAAAGUGUUAAACAAAUCAAAAUAUAUUUUAUAUUUGAGAUUCUUCAAAUAGCCACCCUUUGCCUUGAUGACAGCUUAGCACAUUCAACCAGCUUCAUGAGGUAAUCACCUUCUUAAUGCUUUUGAGCCAAUCAGUUGUGUUGUGACAAGGAAGAUAGCCCUAUUUGGUAAAAGACCAAGUCCGUGUUAUGGCAAGAACCGCUCCAAUAAGCAAAGUGAAACGACAGUCCAUCAUUACUUUAAGACCUGAAGGUCAGUCAAUACGGAACAUUUCAAGAACUUUGAAAGUUUCUUCAAGUGCAGCAGCAAGAACCAUGAAGCGCUAUGAUGAAACUGGCUCUCAUGAGGACCGCCACAGGAAUGGAAGACCCAGAGUUACCUCUGCUGCAGAGGAUAAGUUCAUUAGAGUUACCAGCCUCAGAAAUUGCAGCCCAAAUAAAUGCUUCACAGAGUUCAAGUGACAGACACAUCUCAACAUCAACUGUUCAGAGGGGACUGUGUGAGUCAGGCCUUCAUGGUCGAUUUGCUGCAAAGAAACCACUACUAAAGGACACCAAUAAGAAGAAGAGACUUGCUUGGGCCAAGAAACACGAGCAAUGGACAUUAGACCGGUGGAAAUGUGUCCUUUGGUCUGGAGUCCAAAUUGGAGAUUUUUGGUUCCAACCGCCGUGUCUUUGUGAGACGCGGUGUGGGUGAACGGAUGAUCUCCACAUGUGUAGUUCCCACCGUAAAGCAUGGAGGAGGAGGUGUUAUGGUGUGGGGGUGCUAUGCUGGUGACACUGUCUGUGAUUGAUUUAGAACUUAAGGCACACUUAACCAGCAUGGCUACCACAGCAUUCUGCAGUGAUACGCCAUCCCAUCUGGUUUGCGCUUAGUGGGACUAUCAUUUGUUUUUCAACAGGACAAUGACCCAACACACCUCCAGGCUGUGUAAGGGCUAUUUUACCAAGAAGGAGAGUGAUGGAAUGCUGCAUCAGAUGACCUGGCCUCCACAAUCCCCCGACCUCAACCCAAUUGAGAUGGUUUGGGAUGAGUCGGACCGCAGAGUGAAGCAAAAGCAGCCAACAAGUGCUCAGCAUAUGUGGGAACUCCUUCAAGACCGUUGGAAAAGCAUUCCAGGUGAAGCUGGUUGAGAGAAUGACAAGAGUGUGCAAAGCUGUAAUAAAGGAAAAGGGGGAGCUAUUUGUAGAAUCUCAAAAAUAAAAUAUAUUUGGAUUUGUUUAACACUUUUUUGGCUACAACAUGAUGUGUGUGUUAUUUCAUAGUUUUGAUGUCUUCACUAUUGUUCUACAGUGUAGUUAAUAGUAAAAAAAUAAAGAAAAACCCUUGAAUGAGUAGGUGUGUCCAAACCUUUGACUGGUACUGUACAUACACCUCUUUCUCUCCCACUCUAGUUGAGAAAGAGGUGGGCGUGAUGGUACUGGUACCGUCGCGGGACAGAGCAGUGAAGAGGAUAUGUAUAAGUAACUAACAGGCUCACACUCUCACGUCAGAGAGGAGACGCGAGAGAGAGCAGAAGCAGAGCGAGAGAGAGAGAGAGUAGAAGCUCUCUAUCGACGCCUCCUUAUCUAAGAUAGUCUACUAUCUAUACUAUCCUAUAUGAGAGAGCAGAUAAUAUCGCUUCCCACUCUCCUCCUUCUCUCCUCUGACUCUGUAGUUGAGUUUCCAGUUGAAGGUGGGGGUGAUAUGUGCGUCGGGACAGAGCAGUGAAGAGAUAUGUAUAAUAAUGAUUUCAGCCAUGGCUGCUUGGAGGAGUCUUAAGCUGCGGGAGAGAGGGUCGGCUGACGGGGAUUCCCAAGUACCGAGCCCAGCUGGCCACAGAGUACGUGACUACACAAACACACACACACACACCAAGUACCGAGCCCAGCUGGACACCAAGAGUACGUUACUACACACACACACACACACACACCAAGUACCGAGCCCAGCUGGACACCAAGAGUACGUUACUACACACACACAGUAUUAUCUCCCUCUAUCUCUCUCUCAUGCCCAGCUGGACACCAAGAGUAUGCUACUACACUACAUAAACUCACACACACACCACACACCGAGCCCAGCUGGACACCAAGAGUAUGCUACUACACUACACACACACACACACCAAGUACCGAGCCCAGCUGGACACCAAGAGUACGUUACUACACUACACACACACACCAAGUACCGAGCCCAGCUGGACACCAAGAGUACGCUACUACACUACACACAGUAUUAUCUCCCUCUAUCUCUCUCUCAUGCCCAGCUGGACACCAAGAGUACGUUACUACACACACACACACAGUAUUAUCUCCCUCUAUCUCUCUCUCAUGCCCAGCUGGACACCAAGAGUAUGUUACUACACUACAUAAACUCUCUCACACACACACACACACACACACACACACACACACACACACACACACACACACACACACACACACACACACACACAGUAUUAUCUCCCUCUAUCUCUCUCUCAUGCCCAGCUUGACACCAAGAGUAUUACUACAUUACUUUGUUGUCAAAAGACUCAUCUUAGAAUUCCCUCUGUUCUCUCUCAUUAAUUCCCUCUUCCUCACUGUUUUUCUGUGUAUGAAGUGUCUGGUGUGGUGCUAUGUUUAGAGUUGGCCGGCCGUGCGUGCCCCAGUGCUCUUCUAAGGCCAUGGCUGGGUAGAGGAAACAUGCUCUGAUCACUAUCAUACUAUACACAGAAUAACCACAUGAACUCGUUGUAAACAUUUCCCCUUUCAACUUCCUUCUCUUCCUCUCGCUCUCUCCUCCCCACCUGACCCCAACCCACCAGGCCCAUAUGCGGUUGAGCUAGGCUAGUGCUUUUGAAAAACAAAGAUGGCGGUUGGUUCUUUGAUCACCUUGACAUUCAAUAAACACUAAAGAGGAAAUGCCUACGGUAAGAGGGUAACCAAGCUAUAGAGCUUACCAGUUUGUAGUCCUAAAAAACGGAAAUGUUCAGCCAUUCCUAUGGGGGAAAGAAGGGCCUUAUUCCAAAACCCUCCAAAAAAACAUUCAUUUCCCCUUAGGCUUUGGCCAACGAGCCAUGGCAGAGUUAGCCUCUGUUAGUGCUUACAAAAAGACAACUUUAAUAUUGUGCUCUAUUAGCUAUUCUAAGUGAAUUAAUAUGCUGUACCAGUCCCUAGACUGUCCCUAUUUAGUAAAUGUGUGUCCCAAAUGUUUCCAAGUUUCAAUUCCCUAUAUAGUGCACAACUUUUGAACAGAGGCGUAUGGGUCUGUAGAGAUAUUGGAAGCUGGAACAAUAGGACAUCUGAUCAACUGGCUGACAGAAACAGAGAUGGAGAGAGAGCAGGACACGAUAUGAAGGGGACAGUAUAGAGGACUCUCAAGAGAACACUUUCUACCCAGAGCAGAGUGAAUAGGUUCCAUGCAUAGCCAUAGUUCAUUGGCUUCAUUGGACACUGUGUUAACAAACCUCCAAACGAGCUUCAAUGCCAUACAACACUCCUUCAGUAGCCUCCAACUGCUCUUAAACACUAGUAAAACUAAAUGCAUGCUUUUCAAUCGAACGCUGCUGGCACCCGCCCGCCCGACUAGAAUCACCACUCUUGACGGGUCUGACCUAGAGUAUGUGGACAACUACAAAUACCUAGGUGUCUGGUUAGACUGUAAACUCUCCUUCCAGACUCGCAUAAAGAAUCUCCAAUCCAAAGUUAAAUCUAGAAUCGGCUUCCUAUUUCGCAACAAAGCCUCCUUCACUCAUGCUGCCAAACAUGCCCUCGUAAAACUGACUAUCCUACCGAUCCUUGACUUCGGCGAUGUCAUUUACAAAAUAGCCUCCAACACUCUACUCAGCAAAUUGGAUGUAGUCUAUCACAGUGCCAUCCGUUUUGUCUCCAAAGCCCCAUACGCUACCCACCACUGUGACCUGUACGCUCUUGUUGGCUGGUCCUCACUACAUGUUCGUCGUCAAACCCACUGGCUCCAGGCCAUCUAUAAAUCACUGCUAGGCAAAUCCCCGCCUUAUCUUAGCUCAUUGGUCACCAUAGCAGCACCCACCCGUAGUCUGCGCUCCAGCAGGUAUAUCUCACUGGUCAUUCCCAAAGCCAACACCUCCUUUGGCCGCCAUUCCUUCCAGUUCUCUGCUGCCAAUGACUGGAACGAAUUGCAAAAAUCUCUGAAGCUGGAGACUCUUAUCUCCCUCACUAACUUUAAGCAUCAGUUGUCAGAGCACCUUACCGAUCACUGCACCUGUACACAGCCCAUCUGAAAUUAGCCCACCCAACUACCUCAUCCCUAUAUUGUUAUUUAUUUUGCUCUUUUGCACCCCAGUAUCUCUAUUUGCACAUAAUCUCUUGCACAUCUAGCAUUCCAGUGUUAAUACUAUUGUAAUUAUUUUGCACUAUAGCCUAUUUAUUGCCUUACCUCCAUAACUUGCUACAUUUGCACACACUGUAUAUAUAUUUUCUGUUGUAUUUUUGACUUUAUGUUUUUUACCCCAUAUGUAACUCUGUGUUGUUUUUAUCGCACUGCUUUGCUUUAUCUUGGCCAGGUCGCAGUUGUAAAUGAGAACUUGUUCUCAACUGGCUUACCUGGUUAAAUAAAGGUUAAAUAAAAUAAAUAAUAAUAAUAGGCAGGAAGACUCUCAUAGACACGCUUUCUAACCAGAUUCUGCUGUUGUAUUCUCUCCCUCUUAUAGCUGACACCACUGGGACUCACUUCCUGUACACCACUUCCUGUACACUACCUAUAAGGACUAUGAGCUUUCCUGUCUGUCUGUCUGUCUGUCUGUCUGUCUGUCUGUCUGUCUGUGUCCGUCCGUCCGUCUCUCCGCUAGCUGACACAACUGGGACUCACUUCCUGUACACCACUCCCUGUACACUACCUAUAAGGCUUAUGAACCUGUCUGUCUCUCCUCUAGCUGACUCCAUAGGGUCCCACUCCCUGUACCCCACCUAUAAGAACUAUGAACCUGUCUGUCUAACCCUAGUUACUGUCUGUCUCUCCUCCAGCUGACUCCACAGGGACCCACUCCCUGUACACCACCUAUAAGGACUAUGAGGUGAUGUUUCAUGUUUCCACCAUGCUGCCGUACACACCCAACAACAAACAACAGGUAUGUGUUAGUACGGUUAAAACACGGAAUCAAGUAAAUAACAUGGUAGUAGUAGUAACCAGUUAUAGUAACUCGCUGUGAAGACAUCAUUUUGCCCAGAUAGCCCUUCAUUUCAUUGUAAGCGUAAUAUCUAGCAUUUUUCCAUGGCUUUGUUCACUGACCAGUUUUCUCUGUCGUUCCGAUGCAAUGAAUGAUAAAAAAUGUCAGGCGCUACAAUCAUUGAUAGAUUGAAAAGGCAUAUGUUUAUCUUGUUGCCCAUAUGUUUAUCUUGUUGGCCAUAUGUUUAUCUUGUUGUCCAUAUGUUUAUCUUGUUGUCCAUAUGUUUAUCUUGUUGUCCAUAUGUUUAUCUUGUUGUCCAUAUGUUUAUCUUGUUGGCCAUAUGUUUAUCUUGUUGGCCAUAUGUUUAUCUUGUUGGCCAUAUGUUUAUCUUGUUGGCCAUAUGUUUAUCUUGUUGGCCAUAUGUUUAUCUUGUUGGCUAUAUGUUUAUCUUGUUGGCCAUAUGUUUAUCUUGUUGGCCAUAUGUUUAUCUUGUUGGCCAUAUGUUUAUCUUGUUGGCCAUAUGUUUAUCUUGUUGGCCAUAUGUUUAUCUUGUUGUCCAUAUGUUUAUCUUUGCUGUUUUCCCCGUGUGUCUGUCUCCUCCCAGCUCCUGAGGAAGCGGCACAUAGGUAAUGACAUAGUGACCAUCGUAUUCCAGGAGCCCGGGGCUCAACCCUUCAGCCCCAAGAACAUACGCUCUCACUUCCAACACGUGUUCGUAGUG